UUCGGGCAUUGGUCACACUAUCGAGCGCCAAAUGGCAAAUAAACCAAAAUUGUGCAAUAAAAGAAAUUUGGAUUUAGUUGAUGAAACAGACAGCGGAAGAGAUGCCAAACGGCAUUGCACCAAGAGCCCCUUUUGGCCGGACGAUGACGACGACGAUAGCUUAUUUUCCAAUGCUAAUCUGGAGGAUUUGCUAGGCGGGCGGAAUGGGGAACUCUUUGGCACGCAGCCACCGACAAGCAACAAGUUGCAGCAAAGUGGAUCAGAUGAUGGCCUCGGACUCUUUGGUGACACAUCCUUUCCCUGCACUCAGAAGGUACCGCUUACUGGAUCACCACUCGAUUUCAACAAACCUAGGGCUCCAACUGAUGUCCAUCAGAUUGAUCUGGCGGACGAGAAUAACGCGGACGAGGUGUUCAAAAAAAUCAACCUUAAAGAUCUAAGCAUAACCGAAAUGGAGGAUAUAUUUCAUGGCGCGGAGGACUUUAGUGAACCUAUGGUUCAAAAUACUCAACUUUUUUUGGAGGCUGUGACUUUUAAAGUGCCAAAGACUCCGGAAAAGCUACUGCCCUCCGUUAAAGACGACUCCAUGUCGUUCAUUUCAAAAUCUGUGAUCGAGGGCAUAGUGCAGGGCACGCAGUAUGUGACCAGUGAAGAGCUAAAGAACCAAUCAAUUUUAGAUCCAGUAAACUGGGAGACCCAAGCUUUUGCGGACUUCGAGAAGGACAACCAAGUCGAAGAUAAUUUUCCCAGCAAGGGCGAGUUCUAUGGCCUGCCAGAUAAGGUAAAAAAAAUGAUACUCGAACACAAAGGAAUCAAUAGUCUAUAUGAAUGGCAGGACGAGUGCCUAAAUCUACCUGCUAUUAGAAAGCGAAAAAACCUUAUCUACGCUCUGCCCACUAGCGGUGGAAAAACUCUAGUGGCUGAAAUUCUUAUGUUGCGUGAAUUACUUUGCCGCGAACGCAAUGUCCUGUUUAUUCUGCCAUAUGUGUCUAUAGUGCAAGAGAAGGUCAGCGCCAUGUCUCCAUUUGCCAUCGAUUUGGACUUUAUUGUGGAGGAGUAUACGGCAGGCAAGGGCAAAUGUCCACCGCUGCCGCGACGUAAGCGCUGUAGUUUGUUUAUUGCUUCUAUUGAAAAGGGAGCUGUUCUGAUGGACAGUUUAAUAGACGUACAAAGACCUCAUGAGAUUGGUCUGGUGGUGGUGGAUGAAUUGCAUUUAAUUGGCGAAAAGGGUAGAGGGGCUACCUUGGAGGCAUUUCUCACCAAGGUGAUGUUUUUGAAUGCAAACAUUCAAAUUGUGGGCAUGAGUGCGACGAUAGGAAAUCUCAGCGAAAUCUCAUCCUUUCUAAAUGCUGAUGUCUACACCAGAGGAUUCCGACCCGUGGAACUAAAAGAGUAUAUCAAAUGUGGACCGGACUUACUUGAAAUCAACUCCGCUGGUCAAUCGCUGGAGGAAAUCUUCGUCCCAAGUCGAAGUGUUGACUAUAAUUAUAGUGAAGCUGUCCAGCGCGCGGAUCCUGACCACCUGGCUGGUUUGAUCAGCGAGUGUGCUCCGGAACACUGUUGCCUGGUCUUCUGUCCAAGUCGCAAGAACUGUGAGAACGUAGCGCUACUACUCAGCCGUAUAGUGCCAAAACAGAAGUUCUUCGAGCAUCGACGUAGCGAAAAGGUAGAUCUCAUGGAUGCCCUAGACAAAAUGUGCGGCAUACUCAGCCCAGUGUUGGCGAAAACUUUACCCUAUGGCAUUGCCUAUCAUCAUUCGGGAUUGACAACGGAUGAGAGGAAGUACAUUGAGACUGCGUAUCGCUUUGGAGUCGUAACCGUCAUCUGUUGUACAUCCACUUUGGCCGCUGGUGUGAAUCUUCCAGCUAAGAGGGUAAUCAUAAGAGCUCCCUAUGUGGGACAGGAGUUUAUGACUUUAUGCAAGUAUAAGCAAAUGGUGGGACGCGCUGGACGCGCCGGCUUGGGUGAAACUGGUGAGAGUAUUUUGAUAGCCCAGAGCAAAGACAACCUUCAGGUCGGACAAAUGCUAUUCUCGCCUAUGGAUAAGGCUCUGAGUUCAAUGGAUCAACAGGAUGCAGUUGGAUUGCAAUCUCUCAUUCUCAGUGUGGUUGGUCUGAAUCUGGCAGAAUGUCGUCGGGACUUGAAUCGUUUGGUAAACAGCACCCUGCUGUCUGUGCAGGCUAACUCCCUCGGCUUGGCUGUGGACGAAAUAGUUCUCCGCAUUCUUCGAGAAAUGUUCAAAAAUAAAGUGCUCCAGCUAAGUGAACCACCAGCCAAGUCUACGAUUAAUUCGUCUGAGAUAAUAACCACGCAGGAAGUAAAUCAGACCAAUAGACCCGCUGGCGACCGACGUUUGCUUAUUGGCCAGUCCACCUCAUUUAAGCUAACCAAUAUUGGAAGAGCUGCCUUCAAGGCGGGUAUUGAUUUUAAGCGUGCUAAUGCCAUCCACAGGGAGCUAAAGCUGGCCCAGCAGCAGCUCAUCCUGACUAACUACUUGCACUUGUUGUACCUUGUCGUGUGCUUUAAUUCUAAUGAGAGAGGCGACGAAUUGUUUCCGGCAGAUGCCAGCAUUCUGUUUGGAGUCUACACCUCCCUGCCACCGGAUUCACAGACUUUGUUCAAGCAGCUUGGCUUUACAGAAGCCCAUGCUGCUAGGCUAUUUAAGACGCAGUCGGUACAGGGUCCCUUGUCUCUACAGUUAAAUCGACUCUACAAGGUGCUCAUCCUGGCGGAUAUAUUAAAUCUUGUGCCGCUACCCUCUGUGGCCUCUAAGUACAAUGUGGAGCGCGGAACUUUGCAGCAUUUGAUUAGCCAAUCUGUAGCAGCGUCCAGUGCCAUUGUCCGCCUGUGCGAGGAACUGGAGGAGUUCUGGUGCUAUAAACCAUUGUUUGAGCGUAUUUUACAUAAAAUGGAUCGCUGUGGUACAUUCGAGCUUGAGCCGCUAAUGGAACUUCCACUUGUUAAAAUUAAUCGCGCAAAGCAGCUGUAUGCAGCGGGAUUUCAAACCAUCGAGGAUAUUGCCAAAGUAAAGCCUGCGGUUUUAGUGCAAUCUCUAGAGCACAUGCCCCUUAGAGUGGCCAAAGAAAUUGUCUCGGCAGCUAAGAUCAUAUUAAUGAAGAAACUUGACCAUCUCGAGGAGGAAACGGAGAACCUCAAAAACUGCCUAGAGAAAUCCAACAAGGACUAGCCGGAACCCAUUCCAAGUAAAAAAGUAGAUGAUGUAGGUUUUUAAUUUAUUUCAGUUUUUGUUUUGAUUGUUAUGCACUCCGACUUAAGUCUUGGAUCUGGGCUCUCCACAACGAACACGAUCCCCGACAAAGCUUAAAUAUAAUAGACAAUUUGUAUACAAAUUGCAAUUUUAAAUUAA